AUGGCUUCUGAGCAAUUCAACCAACCGCAACAUGGAACGGUUCCAGCUGGUCAGUAUUAUGUGCCGCAACCUGGGCUGCCUCCAGCUGGUCAAGUUAUUGCGCAGCAGACACCGGUAUAUCCUUGGACUGACCCAUCGCAUGCACAGAUUCCUGGCAGUACAAUGCCACAAAUGAUUGCACCUGCUGCUCAACAACUGGCGAUCUGUAGAGUGGAAGUGACGAUGGCCGAACCGACAGCCGUGGUCACUGUGGCGGGUAGCAGAGGACCAAAAUGCAGAGUAAUUGCCACAGGUCAGCAGCGAAUGCGAGGGCUGCAGCAGAGUGGAAUGCAGCCGAUGCAUGUUGGAACGCAGCCGGCGCUUCCUGGAAGGCAACAAGUUAAACCUGGAGAAGCAGCAAAAAGCGAAUGGACAAAACAAAUGAAAGGUGUAGCACAGGCCACUGAAAGAACGCUGAUGCAUGUCAGGUUACCAGUUAAAGAAGGUCAGCCACCGGAACGAAAGAGCAAAAGACUGUGGCCGCGAGUUAGAAAACAUCGUGCCGAAUAUUAUACCAUCAUAUUUCAGAGUAAACGAAUUGAAAGGCUGUUUAAGCACGGUUUGGAGCAAGAGGAAAAGGAAAAAGCUGAGGCGAGUUCAAUGCGCUUAGGAGCACUGAGUUUGGAUGAUGCGCCGCCACAUAUAGAAAAGCUGCCGGAUAAAGUGCUGAUUCCCAUUCUCCAGUUGAUUGGCUUGCUUCCGAAUAAAAAGCCAAACCUCAGUCUUUACAACAUGUUUCGGAUGAAGCUUGUCAGCAAGCGAUUUUACGGCCUGAUAGAAAACAACGCCGAUAAAUUGCCGCACUAUAAAAUCAAAGGUAUUCGGAUCCGGGUAUGUUUUUUGGGUUAUUUACAUUCAGUUUUUAAAAAGUGCGGAAAGACAUCACUAAUGAAAAUGCAACGAGAACCAUCAAGGAUGAGGCUGUAUUUCCAUACUAAUGAAAGCAGUGACUGGUGCUAA